CAGAGACAAAAAAAAAGUUACUACACCAAGAAUUGAAUUAAUUAUGUAUAUAUAUUGCCAAUCUAUAUAUAUUAAUUAAUUAAUUCCUAGCCACCCAUGCACCCAACAUGUAUAGGUAUAUCCAGUACUAUCUAGCUAGCUUAAUAUUUCUUGUUGUUGCAUGUGUCUAACUAGCUAGCUAGCUUGCACUUGCACAUGCAUAUAAUUAAUUAGUUGCAUGAAAUCUUGACAUCUGCAGGUUGUAGCUAUAUCAGUUAGCAACAAUUAAGCAGGUGUUGUAGCUGACUUUUCUGAGUGACAAUCAAACUAGCUAGCACACAUUUCAUCACUUUCACAUAUAUACUAUACUAGACUAGAGCUAUAUACAGUAGUAGUACCAUGGUUUAAUUAUUUGUAGCCUUAUAGAGAGAGAGAAGAGAAGAAGAGAGAGAGAUCAGUGUGAGGCACCGACGAAGACGAAGACGAAGACGACGACGACGACAAGCACACAACAAAUUUGCACACACGCGCGCGAGCAUCGAUGAUGGCGGCCCAUCAUCAUCAUCAUGAGCACCACCACCUCUUGGACAUGUCGUCGCCCCCAAACGCCAGCGGCGCCAUCAUCUCCUCCUUCGACCACGCCGCCGGCCUCCUCUCCCUCCACGACGUCGCCGCCGCCGCCGACCACCACCACCACCACCUACGAGGAGGAGGAGGGGGUUUGCAAUUGCCAUCGCCGUGGUCGCAGCAGCAGGUUUCCCUCUCCCUCUACAACAACGCUGCCGGCGCAGCAGGCUCGCCGCCGUCGUCGUUGGUUGCCCAUCAGCAGCUGGCGGCGGCGCAGCCAUUAAUGUUCCAGCUGAGGGGGUCCAAGUACCUGGGCCCUGUGAAGGCGCUGCUCGCCGAGUUCUGCAGCCUCGACGUUGAGGCCAUGGAUGGCGCCAAGCAGCAGAGACCUCCCAAUCCCAAUCCCAAGAUUGGAAAGUGGGACGACGUGGAGGGUUCAGGUUCGUGGGGCAACCUGUCUCUGAGCUCCAUGGACCUCCUGGAUCUCGAGAGGAGGAAGGCCAGGAUCUUGUCCAUGGUUGAAGAGGUGGACAGACGUUACCGGCGAUACCGUGAGCAGAUGAGGGCGGUGGAGGUGUCGUUCGAGGCGGUGGCCGGCGGCGGCGCGGCGCAGGUGUACACGAAGCUGGCGAUGCGAGCCAUGUCGCGGCACUUCCGGUGCCUGAGGGACGCGCUGGUGGGGCAGGUGCGCGCGCUGAGGAACGCCAUGGGGGAGAGCCAGAGGGACGCCGCCGGCGGCGUGGCGGCGGCGGCGCCCGGUGCCACCAAGGGCGACACGCCUCGGCUGCGGGUGCUGGACCAGUGCCUGAGGCAGCAGAGGGCGUUCCAGCAGUCCGGCGCCGUCGACAGCUUCCCGUGGCGCCCGCAGCGCGGUCUGCCGGAGCGCGCCGUCGCCGUCCUCCGCGCCUGGCUCUUCGAGCACUUCCUCCACCCGUAUCCAAAUGAUGUGGACAAGCACAUUUUGGCGCGCCAAACAGGCUUGUCAAGAAGCCAGGUUUCGAAUUGGUUCAUCAAUGCAAGGGUGAGGCUAUGGAAGCCUAUGAUAGAAGACAUGUACAAGGAAGAAACGAAGCCGGAAUCAUCUGAUGGCAACAACAAAUUAAACCCUAGCGCAGCCGGCAACAAACAGCAGCAUCGAGAUGAUCCCAAGAAGAAUUACACGGCAACGACAGCAGAAGCCAGCUUAGUACAACAAAGCAGCUACCAUCUCCACCUUCGCAGCAGCGGAAACCGUAACUCCUCCUCGUUGAUGAUCCCUGCAGCAGCAUCAACAUCCAUCGAUCAUCACCAUGACAGCAGCCACCAGCUGUUGGGCGGCCAUAGCUAUUCUUCAGCAGCAGGAUUGCAUCAUGGUCAUGGCGGCGCCGUGUCGCUUACUCUAGGGCUCCAGCAGCAGCAGCAGCCAUUUGCGGCGUCGAUGAUGCAUCAGCAUCAGCAGCACCAGCACCAGCACCAGCAGCAGCAGUCAUUCAUGGUGGAGGCGGCGGAGGAAGAAGAAGAUGACGUGCUCCCUUACAGGAACCUCAUGGAGUCUCAGUUGCUGCAUGAUUUUGCAGGAGCUAGCUAAGGCAGGCUCCAGCUUAGCAUGCAGCUAAUUUAUUUGAUUGUUAAAGGAGAUUAUUGCGCUCAAAAGUUUAAUUUAAUUAAGGAGAUGUAGGUAAUUAAAUAUUACAUUAUUGUUCUUUUAUGACCAAACAUUUCGUUACAUUAUUUGGGGAUUUCUUUUGUAAAAAUCAGCCCACCACUUCUGUUCUGGCCUA